AGAAGAAGGGAAGUAACCCCAGAAAAGGACUUGCUACCUCAAGUCCUAAUGGAAGGGGAUUCCCCUUCUAAACAGUAAGAAGAUAAUGCUCUCCCCUCCUCCCAUCCCAUCAAUCAUCACCAGAUCUUCAAUAAAAGUAAGUGUCAUGUAAUUGUGCAUGCCUUUUUCAGUUUGUGUGUAUUAAAAUUAACAUUUCAUGUGGUAAAAAAAAUUUUUUUUCAUACUUUUGGGCGUCUUGCACGGAUUAAUUUUAUUUCCAUUAUUUCUUAUGGGGAAAAUUAAUUCGCAUAACGAUUAUUUCGCAUAACGAUGAGCCCUCUUGCACGGAUUAAAAUCGUUAACCGGGGGUCCACUGUACUAGGAAUAAGGUAAAAUGAGUUAUUUAUAUUUACAUUUGUGUUAGCUAAAACAGUAAAAAAUCAUUCUCCUUCCUUUCUGUCGCUACAUUCAUUAGGCACCUUUUGUCUCUCUUCUUGAACUGGCUCAUGCUAUGACUGGCUUUGACUUGUGCAGGCAGUCUGUUUCAUUCCUUUAUUGCUGUACAGUAAAAGGUGUUUGAAGCCUGGCCACUGACUGUGGGUACUACAAAGUUGUGCUCUCUCCCUCUGGUACUAUGAUUGCUUUGGUUCCCAACCUUGACAAAAUUGGCAGCAAGAUAUUCUGGACACUGUUUGUGAGCAAUUUUAUAAACUUGAUUUAACUUCAGUUGUUUUACUCUGUCUUCAGUAUUCAGCAUAUCCAAUUGUUGUAAUUCAUCCUGGCCUACAUGUUCUCUGGACCCAGGUCCAGGAUGAGUCUUACCAUUUUGUUGUGGGUGAUUUGCAGUCUCUCCUUCAGUUUUUUGUCAAGGCAGAGUACCAUGAAGAGCAAGCGUAGUCCAUAUGGCAUUGUAUAAGGGCUAGACAUAGAGUCCUGCGAGCCUCAGUAGGUAAGGUAGACACUGUGCUCGUCUGUAGAGGAACUUCAGUCUGGCAUUCACUUUCUUUACUGCACUGUUCCUUCUCAGCUCUCCUGACAUGCAUGGAUCAAAGGGGAUGCCCAGAUAUUUUACUGAGGAAACUGAAGUGAUGUCUUCCCCAUUACACCAGACGUUAAAAUUAUUUACCCUUCUCAGUUUAUGUUUUGUGAGAAAGGGCAUGGCUUCCAUUUUCCCGAGGUGUAAUGAUAGUUUCUUGUCUACUAACCAUUUGCUCCAGGACUCCAGUUCCAGUGUUAUUGCAUUAGCUGUAUCUUGUGGGUCUUUACCUAACACUAACAGAGCACUGUCAUCUGCAUACAGUAGGAGUUUGCACUUGACACUGAUGGGCAUAUUGUUUACAUAACGUAGAAAUAGUAAGGGAUCCAGAAUACAUACUACCUUGGGGAACUCCACAUGCUAUCAGCAGGGAUUCUGAUUCUGUUUUGUUGAUUUUGACAAUUUAUUUCCUGUUGCUAAGAUAGGACUUCAACCCCGUGGCCCACUCCAUGACCAGGCCUUGUGGUGGAUCAGGGCCUGAUCAACCAGGCUGUUACUGCUGGCUUCACAUAAACCAAUGUAUUACCCACAGCCCAGCUUCUUGUUUUCUGGGUUUAUCAGGGCCACUGACAGCAUAAGCCGUAUUGAGCCCGGUUUCUCGAUGGUACGAGGAAAAAUUGUUGCCCAAGGCUGGGCGAUGAGAGAAAAGGAAUAAAAAUGUUCCUUUGUAAAUAGAGAUAGAAACAUGAAGUUUCACACUCCCACCUGAGUUCAGUAACCGGCUUCCCACCAAAGACCAUUAAAGAAUUAUCCACAGAGCGGAAAAAAUGGAGCUGGCUAAAAGGAAGCCGAUGUACAGGUGCCCCUCCUGUUGAGUUCCCAGCAGGCAAAAUAGAUGAGGACAAGCGUCCCAGUGAGAACGGGGGAAAUUUGUCACUGAUACUCAGGCGAGAGAGAGACGUCCACACCCAACAAAGGCUGGAGCAGAAGUCCCACAGCCCAGCUGGUCAGUUACUGACUUUAGGUGUCUGGCCAGCUCCUUCUUGAAGACAGGCAGGGGUCUAUUGGUAUUUCCCCUUAUGUAUGCUGGGAGGCAGUUGAACAGUCUUGGGCCCCCUGACACUUUUUGUGUUGUCUCUUAGCGUUCUCGUGGCACCCCAUGCUUUUCAUUGGGGGGUAUGUUGCACCAAUUGCUGAGUCUUUUGCUUUCGUAGGUGAGUGAUCUCCAUGGGCAGAUUUGAGACUAUUCCCUCUUAAGAUUUUCCUAGUGUAUAUUAUCAUGUAUCUUUCUCGCCUGCAUUCCAGGUAGUACAAAUCAAGGGAUUUAAGCAUUCCCAGUAAUUUAGGUGCUUUAUCGUACUGAUACGUGCUGUGAAUGCUCUCUGUAUAUUCUCCAUGUCUGCAAUUUUGCCUGCCUUGAAAGGGGCCCAUUAGUGUGCAGCAAUAUUCCAGCCUAGAGAGAACAUGUGUUUUGAAGAGAAUCAUUAUGGGCUUGGCAUCUCUAGUUUUGUAGGUUCUCAUUAUCUAUCCUAUCAUUUUUCUAGCAGAUGUGGUAGAUACAUUGUAGUGAUCUUUGAAAUUGAGAUUCUCUGACAUUGUCACUCCCAGGUCCUUCACAUUAGUUUUUUGCUCUAUUGUGUGGUAGUAAUUUUUAAUUUCCUUGAGUUUUCUGUAGUGGAGUAAUUGAAAUUGUCUUCAUUGCACUUGGAGAUUUGCAGUGUCUUAGAUGGAUGACACUUAUGCAAAUUCAGAUGUCAUCCGCAAAGGAGGACAUGGUGCUGUGGCUUACAUCUCUGUCAGUGUCAGAUAUGAGGAUAAGGAACAGGAUGGGGAUUGGGUAAGCUGUCAUGAUCUGAUGCUGAAGCUUCACAGACAUCAGAACAUUAUCAAAACCAUAAGCAUGCCUUUAAAUCUCUUCAGUCGAAGUUUCUCACCCGGGAAGUCUCCUCCUAGAAGAUCGGCUUCACUUUCGAGUUUAAGAAGAGAGACUGACAAUACUGGUCAAGAUCUUUCUCAGGAUUUCAGCAAAAUUAAACUCAAUAUUGGUGGACAAAAUGCAACUUUUGAAGAUGGAGAAUGGAUCACAGGAGGAUCACGGGGUCGCACAAGUAACCGUGAGGUGGCACGGCUUCAUCAGCAAAAUCAGACUCUGCUUGAGGAGAACAACUUGCUUAAACUGAAGGUGGAAUUGCUGCUUGACAUGCUCACAGAAAAAUCUGCUGAUACUCUAAUGAAAGACAGAGAGAUUGCUCGUUUGAAAUCAAGAUCAGGAAAUGGCCAGUGAAGGUAGCAGUGCCAUGAGGUUUGUCUCCUGGAUCUCUGGCAAAACAAGACCAUGAUUUAACCAAAUCUUAAUUCAGUCUAUUUUGAACCUGCUAAAAUGUUUAUCUCAAGUUCUGUCAAUCUUCCAUUUUUUUGUGCUCACCAGUAUGUUUUUUGCCAGGAUUAACUUUUAAUAUUAUUACCACAUUAUAUUGACAGGGAAGCACUAAACCUGUAAGGGUUGCACUUUUGUGAGAUAAAGGAGUAAUCACAUUUGAUCCAAGGAAGAUGAGGAUAUAAUCAUGGGGAAAUGCUAAUCCAGUAUCUGGAGUAAUACUGUUUACAUAAAAUAUAAAAAAAAAUUACUGUUUAGUUCAGUGAAAGUAACAGUAGCUCCACUCCCUUUCAUCAAGAGCCCUUUGGUAAAUAAGAAUAGCUCCAAAUCUUUGGAUCAAUUCACUCCUUUGCAAUUUUCGUAACCAGAGCAUAUACAUUGUAUGUUUUUUUAAUAUAUUUACAAAAUAUUAAUAAAUCAAAACAGCUCCU